AUGUCGGCGUGGGAGCGCUUCGGCGUCGAGCUCAUCCUCAGCUUCCUGCUCGUGCUCACCUACUGCGGCGCCACGGACGGCCACCGGCGGUCGCUGGGCGGCGGCGGCCCCGCCAUCGGCGCGGCCUACCUCGCCUGCUCCCUGGUCUCGAUGCCCUCGCUAAACCCCCGCCCGCCCCUGGGCCCGGCCUUCGUGAUGAACAAGUGGGAGAACCACUGGGUGUACUGGACGGGCCCCGUGCUCGGCGGCGUGGUGGCCGGCCUGGUGUACGAGUUCAUCUUCAGCCCCCGCCAGCCGCGCCGGCCCUCGGACUCCAUCGACGGCGACUCGAGCUCCAUCCACUCCGACGAGGACCCCUACGACGACCUGGAAAAGGGGCGGAAGACGCACCACGGCGGCGUGAUGCGCUCCGUGCAGCCCGGCGGCGACAUCUACCGGCCCGUGGGCCCCGUGGGCCCCUCCACCCUGGGAUCCCGCAGCUACUGCCCCAGCCUCACGUCGGCCAGCCUGUACGCGGCGCCGCCCUGCAAGCUGGAGCGCGUCGAGUCCCUGUACGGCGGCACCAAGUCCCUGUACGCCAAGUCGCCGCCGCUCACCCGCGCCAACCUCAACCGCAGCCAGUCCGUGUACACCAAGAGCCCCGGCGCCAUGGGCCCCGCCCCCGCCCCCGGCCCCCCCGUGCCCGCCCAGAGCCUGUACCCCAUGCGGCUGGGCUCCUCUGGACCCCCCCGUCAUCGUCUUGACCCUAGCUAA